UCCUGUUUUCUUUGUUAUGAUCCAUGGCGAAAAGUCGGAAAUUUACAAUCAGCCGGAGCGAACGGUUCUUGGGAAGCUAUGGAUUCGCCGGAAACCAUCCCACGAAGGACGACGGUGUAGAGCUCCGGGAAGAUGACGUUUGGUCCAUGGUUGAUGAGAUCGUCAACGACGGUGAUCAUUGUUCCAUCAAUAGCGACUGGAACCCACGCGCCGCCGUAGAUGAUCAUCGUUCCGUCAAGGGUCGCCGUGGUAGCCUACUUCCGGCGCCAGGCUCCGCCGGUGGAUUGUCGGUGGCGUUUGAUGAUCAUCAGCCAGGGAAGAUGGUGGCGACGCCGCGAAUCAUCCACCAGUUCCGCACCGGUGGCGGAGAUGGGUUGGCAUCUCCACGUGGACGUCAUGUUGCCACCUCAGCACCAGUGAACGUGCCAGACUGGUCAAAGAUUUACCGAGUCAACUCGGUUGAGUCGAUGCACGACUCGGAUGAUGGGACCGACGAUCAAGACUCGGAUAUGGUCCCGCCCCACGAGUAUUUAGCACGGAGCCAUAGAUCGGCUGCGAAAUCCGUCUUUGAAGGCGUCGGUCGGACCCUUAAGGGUCGAGACAUGAGCCGAGUUCGGGAUGCAGUUUGGAGCCAAACCGGAUUCGACGGUUAGCCCGAAUCUAUAAAAAAAAAAGAAUUUUUCCUUAAUUAUUUGUCAUUAUUUAGACCCCAAAAAAAGCAAAUAUAAUUUUGAGUUUUAAAUCGAGC